AUGUCACGUAUUAUUAUAAAAGGUCUGCCAAGUUUUUUGGUUGACGAUGGAAAAUUGAGAGAGCAUUUUGAGAAACGUUUGAUACAGCUGCAUGACAGUACGACAAAGAUAAAGGAUUUGAUCACAGAUGCCAAGAUUGUGAAGGACAAAAACGGUAGCACUAGAAGAUUCGCUUUCCUAGGAUACCGUGACGAAGCAGAUGCGUUUGAUGCGGUGGAGUAUUUCAAUGGUUCCUACUUCAAUACAUCAAAAGUCGAAGUUUCGAUGGCCAAGAGCUUUGCAGAUCCACGAGUACCUAAGCCUAUGAAAGAACAAAGAAGGGAGAUCGCAAAGAGACUAAGGGAGAAAGAGGAGGCCUUUUUAAGCGAAGCGCAGAAUAAUAAGAAGACUAAGGUAGUUGAUAAGAAAAAAGUAUCUAUUGAUGCGGAGAUUCAGAAAAAUAAGCAACUGCAAGAAUUCAUAGAAACCAUGAAACCUAGCUCCCAGGUAGCGUCGUGGGAGACACCAGGGUUGAAAAAUGCAGCUGAGGAAAAUAUGAAUGAGAAUGAUAAUGGAGUGGGAAACACCCUUUUAGCUCAUGCCUUAGCAAUGAAGGACGAAGCUAAGGAUGUCGAAAAUGCUAGUGAUGAUGAAUAUAUGGAUUUGAACUCCAAAGGGACCUCGAAGGAGAACGAUCAAAUCGAAGACGAAAAAAUGAUGGAUUUGAGUGCAUUCGCCAAGGAUGAAGAUGCCCAGAAUGAGGAUGCAACAGAAAAUUCAGCACGAGAUGAAACAGUAUCAGAUAUGGAUUGGUUCAAACAAAAACUGGUUAGAAUCAAUGCCAAUGGUGAAGUGAUGGAAAGAACUAAGGCUGAUUCGACUGCGAUUUCAGAUCCGUCAAAUUCGCAAGUGAGAGAGGAAGCAAAACAGGAGGAAUCAGAACAGAAAGAAUCUAAAAAAUCACAAGAAGAACUAGCCAUAGAAAAAAUUAAUAAAACAGGAAGACUGUUUCUGCGGAAUAUUCUUUAUAAUUCUACGGAGGAUGAUUUUAGACAGCUUUUUAGUCCCUAUGGUGAAUUGGAGGAAGUUCAUAUCGCAUUAGAUACAAGAACCGGCCAAUCAAAAGGUUUUGCAUAUGUCCUAUUCAAGGAUUCAAAAAAGGCUGUUGAUGCAUACAUUGAAUUAGAUAAACAAAUUUUCCAGGGCAGACUUCUCCAUAUCUUGCCGGCAGAUGCUAAGAAAGAUCAUCGUUUGGAUGAAUUCGAUUUGAAAAAUAUGCCACUUAAAAAACAAAAAGAGCUGAGAAGGAAGGCAACGGCAUCAAGACAAACUUUUUCGUGGAAUUCUCUAUAUAUGAACCAAGACGCAGUUCUUGGAAGCGUAGCUGCUAAACUGGGUUUGCAAAAAUCACAAUUGCUGGAUCCUGAGAAUUCUAAUUCUGCUGUCAAGCAAGCAUUAGCUGAGGCUCAUGUCAUUGGUGAUGUAAGAAGAUAUUUUGAAACCAAAGGUUUAGAUCUAACCAAAUUUGGGCAAGCAAAGUCAGGUGAAGAAAGAGAUGAUCGUGUUCUGUUGGUCAAAAAUUUCCCAUUCGGCACAACCGUUGAAGAACUUGGUGACCUUCUCCUUCCCUUUGGGAAAUUGGAGAGGUUUCUUAUGCCUCCAGCAGGAACAAUAGCCAUUGUUCAGUACAGAGAUGUCACCUCAGCAAGAGCAGCUUUUACAAAGCUAUCAUAUAAGAGAUUUAAGGAUACUAUCAUAUAUUUGGAGAAGGGGCCUAGUAACUGCUUUACCAGAGAUGCUAAGAACGAUGAAUCCUUAGAGAAUAACGCAAAUGAAGAAAGCAAAAAUGUUAAAGAAGUUAAACAAACAUCGGAUGACGUUAUUCAGGCACAAGCGGCGGAACACGGUGAAGUUGAUAAGCAUGACGAUGCUGUUGAUGGGCCAACAGUAUCUAUUUUCAUUAAAAACUUGAAUUUCUCCACAACUAAGCAACAAUUGCAGCAAAAGUUCAAAUCAUUCGAUGGAUUUGUCGUUGCACAAGUCAAAACCAAGCCCGAUCCUAAGAGUCCAAAUAAAAUUUUAUCAAUGGGGUUUGGUUUUGUAGAGUUUAGGACCAAAGAGCAAGCACUUGCUGUUAUUUCAGCUCUAGAUGGUUCUAUAUUGGAUGGGCAUAAGAUACAGUUGAAAUUAUCACACAGGCAGGGCAAAACAGGCACUGGUAACUCUCGUUCGAGAAGUGGAAAAAGUGGUAAAAUUAUUGUCAAGAACUUACCAUUUGAAGCCACAAGGAAAGAUGUCUUUGAACUAUUCAGUUCGUUUGGUAAUUUGAAAUCUGUUAGAGUUCCAAAGAAAUUUGACAAAAGUGCCAGAGGUUUCGCUUUCGUUGAAUUUCUUCUACCAAAGGAAGCUGAAACGGCUAUGGAUCAAUUACAAGGUGUACAUUUGUUAGGCCGUAGAUUAGUAAUGCAAUUUGCUCAAGAAGAAGCUCGAGACACAGAAGAAGAGAUAGCCAGGAUGACCAAAAAAAUGCAGAAGCAGGCUGCAACGAGAGAAAUUGCUUCAAUCAAAAGCAACGGAGGUAGAAAAAGAUUGGACAUGGAUGAAGAAGAAAAUGAUGGGUUGAAUGGCAUUUAA